CACCAACUCCCGCAGACUCGCACCCCUUGGCAAUCUCCCUAUCGACUCCGUACGUCGUAAUCUCUCUCCACCAUUACUCCGUAUUGUCGUCUGGAGUUGCUUGUGUUUCCGAAGUGCUCCAGAUACAGAGAAGACGGAGACAUGCCCACGUACGGAGCAGAAGGUCUAGCGACAACAAUACGUCUUUGCCGAAGUGUACGAACAUGUUUGUGAUGUCAGCCGAGCGCAUCCCAUCCCAUCCCAUCCCCAUCCGAUUCAACGCCACAUCUGAGGCCCAAGAGCUUUUCGCUUUUCCGAGUAAUGGUGCCCCAGUACGCGCCAAGUCUGCAAUAUGAACUGCCUCUGAGUAAGUCCCAUGUCGGGACGGUAUUGAACUUGCACCAUUCUCAUGGCUCAUCGCUCCUCGAUGAGCCGUGAAAGUGGAGAGCAAUAGAUAUCAGAUGGUCAGAGCCUCGCCCUACGGGGAUGCUUCGAUCUCUACGAUGGAUGGUCCGAUGUGACGAUGUCCAGCUUGGUCCGACUUGGGGCCCCACGGCCGAGUCGCUGGGUUCUCGAACACUUCCGGGGGAACUCGCGCCGUUCGCGCAUGGAGACGCACCUUUCCAUCUGUUCCCCGAUUGGUAACUUUGGGCUGACAGCUGUCCAAAGAGGAGAAACGUUACUUAUUAUAUUUCCGGAUGGUGAUCAGACGAGUCAAGCAAGAGACGAACAUGGGCACGAACGUGGGCCCCAGUUAAUCUCGUUUCAACAACUUCACCCAACACCAUCGAAGUAUAUAGAGGCUUGAGGAUCCUCUGUUGUGACUUUCUUCUCCAUCCAUUCUCUCUGGUGCUGUGCAUUCUUACUUGUUCAUUUUUCAAAUAGAGGUAUGUGGAUUCCAAAAUGGUACUGGAUAAUUCCGUUCACUUACUAACUAUCAAUGCAGCUGAGCUCAACAGUCAAUUCUUUCCACGCCCAAUACUUUUUCGUUCUUAUCUAUACUGCAGCUUGACGCUCAACCCUUACACCACCAUUCAUCAUGAAGAACUUCGUCCAAAUCCUAGCAUUCGCUGCUCUUUCCGCCACUAUCGUUUCAGGACGUGCUCUCCCAGAUUCCCAAAAUGCCGUUCAGGCAAGAGCACCAUACCCAGUCAUGGGUGGAGUUGUCGGUCGUUCACCAAAGAAAAAUGAGGACGGAGCCGCAGAGCCAACAGGUGUAAAACCGGGCACCGCCGCCGCUACAGGAGCUGCCAAGUCCAAGUUGACGCCCGAGGAGAAAGCCGCCAAAAAGGAGGCUAAGAAGAAGGCCAAGGAGGAGAAACUAGCUGCAAAGAAGGCCGCUCAGGAAGCUGUAAGUCUUUGUAUAUCUCUGGAUGACAAUAGAUAUCUCGCUAAUGUGCUACAGGCUAAAGGAAAUGCAACCAACGUUGCGGAAGACGGGGAGAAGAAGAAGAAGGCCGAAAAGGCAAAUGUGAGUUGUCUCCCUGAUUCCCAUAGGUUGAAGACAUCAACAACUGAUUUUCAAAAGCUCGACCCUGCAAAGAAUGGCACUGAAAGCGAGCAACCAAAGAAGAAAGGGAAUGAGGACAAGGGUAAAAAAGGAAAGGUAAACCAUUUCCCUAUUAUCCAUCAACACUUGAAAAAUCAAAAACUAAUUGAAUACAGCUUGACCCUGCAGCAAAAAACGGCACUGAAAACGCUAAACCAGCACCCAAGGAGAACGGCGAUGAUGGCAAGGCAGAUAUCAAAGCGAUCCUCGAGAACUUUGGAUUGUAGACCCAGAACGACUAUUUCCUAGUCUGUUGCGUGCAUUGCUGCGGUUUUCAGGACAAUUUUUCUUGCUUCGACAAUUAUUGGAUUUUGAUUGAUGAACAGGUGGUUUACUCAUUGUUGAGAAACGACUUUUAUAAACAAACAUUAUAGGUAUAGAAAG